AUGUCCACAACAGCAUGUGACUGGGUGUCCUCAAAUGAGAGGUGUCUUGCCAGGACUAUGGCAAAUCAGGAAGCCACUCCAGGAAGCCAAUCAGAGGAGAGCAAUGCUUUGGACCUGCCAUCAGCUUAUGACAUAAGGGAUUACGUGUUGCAGAGACCCAGCCAGGAGGCCAACAGUGAGGCUUUUAGUUCUGAGGAAGCCCUUUCUAUUCCUUGCUCUUCUGAUACGGAUCCAGACACUAGUAACUUAAAUACUGAACAAAAUGAUUCCUGGACCUCUGAGAACUCCUGGCUUGACCCUUCUGUGAAGGGCCCACCAGAGACAAAGGCAGAGGAUGCUGGACUUCGGAAAUCUCUGGACACAUUCUAUGAAGUAUUUGGCCAUCCACAGCCAGCCUCUGGAAAUUCACUCUCCACAUCUGUCUACCAGUGCCUGUCUCAGAAAAUCAAUGAACUGAAGGGCACGGAGGACCAAAAGUACACCCUCCGCAGUUUUCAAAUGGCACGGGUCAUCUUCAACCGGGACGGCUGCUCCAUCUUACAGAAGCAUUCCAGGGACGCCCACUUUUACCCAACCAGAGAAGGAAGUGCGUCUCUGGAGGAUGAAAAGCUGACCCCAGGACUUUCAAAAGAAAUUAUUCAUUUCCUCUUGCAGCAGAACUUGAUGAAAGACCCAUAACUGUUGCCUGGUGGUGAGAGCAAGCAUAUGGGGGGUAGCCCUGUGGCUGAUACUGUUGGUGCAUCACCCAGAACCCCUCAGGUCUCUUGCCAGCUCUGUGUGCCCAACCCCCAGCUAAGUGCUUUGCAGGCAAAGGCUGGCAUCUGUGAUCUGGUCCUGGAGCCGGUUCAGCCCAAAUGGAGAGCCAGCAGUGUCUGGGGGUUUUAUUGCCUCCAUGGCCACCCCAUCUCCUACCCCACCCUUUGACCUAAGGCUGGUGACCAACUGGUUUGGGAGUCUGAAAGUCCAGCUUCCUUGUCUCUAGGAAGGACAUGCUCUGAGACAUGAUUCAAGUUCCAGAGCUCUCCUCCUGAUCAGGCCAAGGCUGGGGCUUCGCAUGAAAUCUCACUCUUGCCUGGCUCCUUCCUUCCCCUGUCCUUCUCCCACUCACUGGUGUCUCCUGGGAGCGUUUCCUUAAUAAAUCUCUUGCACCUGAA